AUGUCGUAUCAAGUGUUAGCCCAAAUCGACGAGGAUUACCCUCAGAUGUCGGUUGAAAUUGACCAGAAGGAAGAGGAAAUUGAGUAUAUUUACGACGAUUCGAGCGAUGAUGAACGAGUCAACAGAGACGGGCGCGGAAUUACGUACGAAAGUGAUUCGAGUGUCGAUAUUCUGGAGAAAACUACAAACAGCACUGUGAUAGUAGACAAUUACGAAAAUUAUUUUAAAGAGAGUAGGAGUUGUAAAAACGACUGUAAAGACACCCAACCAGUACAAAAGUGCGCCUUUGUCGGAGUUAUCAGUGUACUUGCCUUUUUAGUCAUAGUUUUUAGUGUGAAGCAGCUGAGAUCGUCUUCGUCGUCGUUAACAGCAUCGACAGUAUCAGAUGAAGUGAAUUACGUGAGAAAUGGAGAUAAGAAGCCGGCAAUUACGUUGGAGGAAGUAUUGAGAGGAGAUACUUUUGCUCAUGGAUUUAAUGGGACAUGGGAGGGAAAUGACAGAAUUAUUUAUCGGGAUCGGCAUGCAAACGUCCUUUUAUACAACAUCCAGAGCAAAAAAACAACCAUUCUCGUUCCACGUGAUCGUUCCCCCUUAAACGAAGGAGUCCAUUUCAGCCUUUCUCACGACGGAAAAUACCUCCUCAUCGCUCGUAACAUCAAAAAACGCUUCCGUCGCAGUUACAGCGCCAUCUAUGACGUUCUCAACCUCGAAACGAAUCUCGUUCAACCACUUCUCAUCAACAACAUUCAACAUUCUCUCCUCUUAGCGAAAUGGAGUCCUACUUCAAACGCCAUUCUCAUCAAUUACAACUACGAUUUAUACUACAAAACAUCUCCUGAUGCUCCUGAAACGAGAAUUACCUUCGAUGGCUCGCCCGAUAUCUUCAACGCCAUCUCUGAUUGGGUUUAUGAAGAAGAGGUUUUGUUAUCGAGCGAGGCUGUGUGGUUCAAUCCAAAUGGAAAAUUCAUUUCUUUCGUAAAAUUCAACGAAAGUAUGGUUCCUUCAGUGGAUCUUCCGAUUUAUGGUCAUCCUGAAGACGAUAUGGAACAUCAGUAUCCGACAAGAAGGUACAUUCAUUAUCCGAAAGCUGGCGUGGAAAAUCCUCGAGCAACUUUAAUUUUGGUGAAUUUAGAAAAUCCCCAACAAAAGACUGAAAUCGCAGUUCCCGAAGAACUUGCAAAAGAAAAUAUUUUGGCGACAGUUGCUUGGGCUUCAAAUGAAAUUCUCAUCAGCAUUUGGAUGAAUCGGAUACAAAAUGUUGGAAUUAUCAGAAAAUGUGACGUUACGAGUAAUGAAUGUUUAGAUAUUGCCAAACUCACGAACGACAAAGGAUGGUUGGAUCUCUUUUCGCCGCCAUUAUUCAACAAAAAUGGAACAGAAUUAGUUUUAAUUGCUUCCCAGCUCGGAUUUCGGCAUUUAACGUUAAUUUCAACUGUCAUGAACAAACAAGUAGCUUUAACUCAUGGUCAUUUCGUCGUCACAAAAAUCCUAAAAUGGCACGGAAAUUCAAAUUUUAUCUUUUACACAGCGAAUAUGGAGACAAGUACGGAAUCUCAACACAUUUUCGCCAUCAAAGCUGAACCUGGAAGUCAUCCCCAAUGUCUCACUUGUUCACUCACAUCUGAUUUUAACUUCAAACUUCAACAAUAUUUCGAUGCUGAAUUCAACGAAGAUGGUUCUCUGAUGAUUCUUUCGUUCAAAGGUCCUCAUUUACCUCGCGAUUAUUUAUUUUCAUGGACUUUGAAUGACACAACAGGUUUAAUUAAACUUCAAAAAGUCAAAAAUUGGCAGGAAAAUUCACAUUUGGAGCCAAUUUUGUUGGAAAAAUCAAUCCCAUCAACUGAAUUUCACGAAAUUCCGAUCACAGGAGAGAACUUUACAGCAAAAGUUAUGCUACAAGUCCCUCAUGACAUCGAUCGAUCGGGAAAAUUGAAGUAUCCGAUGUUAGUUGAUGUCUAUGGAGGACCAAAUUACGCUUCAGUGACGAAAAAAUUCAAUCUUGAUUGGGGAAGUUAUUUGGUGAGCAAUUUAUCGAUCAUUUAUGCGAGAAUUGAUGGACGAGGAUCCGGUUUAAGAGGCGAUGAAAUACUUCAAAGGGUUUAUAAGAAGCUUGGAACGGUUGAAGUUGAGGAUCAAAUUCAUACUGCAAGAAAACUCGCCCAAAAACUCCCAUAUAUCGAUAAAAAUCGCAUCGGAAUUUGGGGAUGGAGUUACGGAGGUUACGUAUCUGCAAUGGCUUUAACCAAAGACGAUCAAGGUAUUUUUAAAUGUGCUGCAAGUGUUGCUCCAGUUACUGAUUGGAUGUUUUACGAUUCGAUAUAUACUGAACGCUAUAUGGACCUUCCUGAAAACAAUUUGAAAGGAUAUCUCAAUGCUCGACUCAGCACCAAAAUUGACGGCUUCAAAGGAAAAGAUUAUCUGAUGAUCCAUGGGACGUUAGAUGAUAAUGUUCAUUUACAACAAUCGAUGGCUCUUGUACGAAAAUUGGAAAAAAGUAACAUUCGAUUCAAGCAAAUGAGUUAUCCUGAUGAAGAUCACAGUUUGGCAGGCGUUCGACCCCAUUUAUACCAAACUUUAACGGAUUUUUUCUCAAAAUGUUUCAAAACGUGAUUUCACGAGAUAUAUAUUUUUUAUUUUCACAAUUUUUAGGCGCGAUAGUUGCUUUUCACCAUUAAAAAGAAGAAGCAAAGCAUUUUUUUAUGGAUAAUAAUAUCGAAU